CCGUGGUUCGCUGCUGUCCUGUUGGCUGCCUCUCGAGUCUCGCACCAUCCCAGCACUCAUUCUCCACCGCAGUCCCGCAUUCUUUGCCAUCUCGGCCGAGACCACAUCACCGCCAUGGUUGCUCUCACCCGAAGCAAAGACAAGCCGGCUGAGCCCAAGUCGGCAAAGUCGCCCAAGAAAAAGGUAGACGACGCACAGACCAGCAGCGACAAAUCGCCGAAAAAGUCGAAAAAGCCCAAGUCCGAGACAGACGAGACUGAAGCAAAGCCCAAAAAAUCAAAGUCCGACAAGUUCGACAAGCCCGAGAAGGACAAGAAGAGCAAGAAGCGCACGGCCGACUCCAAACCCGACGAGCCCAAAGAACAAGAGUCAGCCAAGGUGAAGAAGACAAAGACCCUCAAGUCCGAACCAGCGGUUGAGAGCGAGGACGGCUCCAAGAAGAAGCGCAAGCGAUCUGGCGACGACACCGCCGCCAGUGCGGACAACUCCGACAAGGAAAACGUCACUGGCUCAGGAUCCGAAAAGAAAUCCAAGACCAAGACCAAAAAGGCCAAGACCGAGACCGUGGAGGAGUCCGAAAAGCCCGAGAAGAAGACCAAGAAGCAAAAAGCCUCUGCCAAGGAUACCCAGCCGUCUGCCGACGAGUCUUCUGCCGAGCCCGAUGGAGCACUGCUCAUCAAGGUCGAGGAGGCUGCCGCCGACAGCGACGCCGAUCAAAGCACGCCUCCCGAGCUCCUUCUCUCCAACUACAAGUUCAGCCAAUCCACCCUGGAUGCUCUCCAAGCAAGAGGCAUCAAAGCCCUCUUCCCGAUCCAAGCUGCCUCCUACUCGCAUGUCUACAACGGCAAAGACGUCCUCGGCCGUGCUCGCACCGGCACGGGCAAGACUCUCGCCUUUGCCCUCCCGAUUGUGGAGCGGCUCAAGGCCGAGCGCAACAAGGACCGAUCUGCAUUUGAUCGUCGUGGCCGAGCCCCUCGAGCGCUCAUCAUGACCCCGACCCGCGAACUGGCCCUCCAGAUUGCCCGAGAUUUUGAAUGCGUCGGCACCGGAGAGAUCAGGCACACCUGCGUCUAUGGCGGCGUGCCAUACGACACGCAAUACUACGCUAUGCGCGAUGGUGUCGACGUUGUCAUUGGCACGCCAGGCCGGCUGAUCGAUCAUGUCGAACGAGGCAACCUCAAACUCGCACAGCUCCAGUUCAUCUGUCUGGAUGAGGCCGACCAGAUGCUUGAUAUCGGGUUCGCAGAUGCCAUGGACAAGAUCCUGCAGCAAGUCGACGAGCAGAAACAGGGCGCGGGAGCCUCCGCUGCCGUGCACCAGACCCUGCUGUUCUCGGCCACCCUGCCAGUGUGGAUUACCCAGGCCGUCAAAAAGUACAUGAAGCCCGACAAGGUUACCAUCGACCUGAUCGGCAACGACAAACUCAAGACAAACUCCAACAUUGGCCACCUGUGCGUCCCCUCCCGGUGGCAGAACCGCACCUCAAUUCUGGGCGACAUCGUUGCCGUUUAUGGACGAGGCGGGUCCGGCCGAACCAUGAUCUUUGUCGAAACCAAGGGCGAGGCUAGCGAGUUGGGACUGAACGAAAAGCUCGCCAAUAUGGGCACACAGGUCAUCCACGGAGACGUCCAGCAGAAGCAGCGUGAGGUUGCGAUGCAGGGCUUCCGAGAGGGCAAGUUCCGGGUCUUGGUCGCGACCAACGUCUGUGCACGCGGUGUCGAUAUCCCCGAAGUCGACUUGGUCAUCAACUGUGAGCCUCCAGGCGAUGUCGAAACAUACAUCCACCGCUCCGGCCGAACGGGCCGUGCUGGCAAGUCGGGGACCUGCAUCACCUUCUAUAAGCCUCAACAGGAGUAUCUGCUGCAGAACAUUUCUCGCCGGGCCGGCGUCAAGUUCACCACCGUCGGUGCACCCCAACCCUCCGAAAUCAUCAGUGCCCGUGCCGCCGAUACACUCGACCAGUUGCCGGACAUCCAUCCAAGUGUUUUGGACUACUUCAAGGACACAGCCAAGCAUUUCCUCAACCACUACAAGGGCGACGGCGAGAAGGCUCUGUGUGCUGCCCUUGCUCUCUACUGCAACACAACCAAGCCGCUCCCGGCUCGCUCGCUCCUGACGGCCAACGAAGGGUUCAUGACGCUGCUCUUCCGCACCGCGAACCCCAUCCAGAACGCCGGGUAUGUCCGGGCUAUCGUCCAGCGGCAGUUCCCGGCCCUGACGUACGAAGACACGGGUGGCUGGCGCAUCACCAAGGACUACUGCGGCGUCGUUGUCGAUAUUGUCUCCGACAAGAUCGAGCUCCUCAAGAACGAAGACGACACCGCCCGCAUUCUCAUCACGGGCAUUGAAUGGCGCGAUGGCCGUGGAGUCACCCUGGAGAUUCUUAAGGAACUACCCGAGCUCGAGGACAAGAUGGGAUCAAGCAGUUACGGCCGCGGAGGCCGAGGCGGCGCUAGUACUGGCGGCGCACGAGGAGGCUACGGACGGCCAUAUACCAAUGGCGCCGGAUAUAACGGCUCGUCCCGCGGGGGCUCAUUUGGUGGCUCUCGGGGCCGCGGGGCCGCACGAGGCGGUCGCGGCAGGGCUUUUUGAAGCACAGGGAUUCAGAAAUUGAAUUAAAAGAUGCGACCACGAGUAGAUCGCUGUAUCCCCAUUAGCCUGUGACAAACCGAGUUGGGAAGCUCUC